CCCUGCGGCGGGGCAGCCGCCUCCAGGCCCUGGGCUCCGCCGGCGCCCGGCUCCGGCCGCUGGGGCAACAUGGAGUUUGCGGAGCUGAUUAAGACCCCGCGGGUGGACAACGUGGUGCUGCACCGGCCCUUCUAUCCCGCGGUCGAGGGGACCCUGUGUCUGACGGGCCACCACCUCAUCCUGUCCUCGCGGCAGGACAACACGGAGGAGCUGUGGCUCCUCCAUUCAAACAUCGACGCCAUCGACAAGCGAUUUGUGGGAUCUCUGGGUACUAUCAUCAUAAAAUGUAAAGAUUUUCGAAUUAUUCAGUUGGAUAUUCCUGGAAUGGAGGAAUGUUUAAAUAUAGCCAGUUCCAUUGAGGCAUUGUCUACCUUGGACUCUGUCACUCUGAUGUAUCCUUUCUUCUACCGGCCCAUGUUUGAGGUGAUAGAAGAUGGCUGGCAUUCCUUCCUUCCUGAGCAAGAGUUUGAACUCUACUCUUCAGCUACCAGUGAAUGGAGGCUAAGCUAUGUCAAUAAGGAAUUUGCCGUCUGUCCUUCUUACCCACCAAUUGUCAUAGUGCCCAAAUCCAUUGAUGAUGAAGCGCUUCGGAAGGUAGCUACAUUUCGACAUGGAGGGCGCUUUCCAGUACUCAGCUAUUAUCAUAAAAAAAAUGGAAUGGUAAUUAUGCGAAGUGGUCAGCCACUCACUGGCACUAAUGGGAGAAGGUGCAAGGAAGACGAGAAGCUGAUAAACGCUACCCUCAGAGCAGGAAAGCGCGGCUACAUCAUUGACACUCGGAGUCUAAAUGUGGCUCAGCAAGCUAGAGCCAAAGGAGGUGGCUUUGAACAAGAAGCCCAUUAUCCCCAGUGGAGGCGAAUCCAUAAGUCCAUUGAGAGGUAUCACAUUCUUCAGGACAGCUUAAUCAAACUUGUGGAAGCUUGUAAUGACCAAACACAUAACAUGGACCGAUGGCUCAGUAAGUUGGAGGCCUCCAACUGGCUGACUCAUGUCAAAGAGAUUCUGACCACUGCCUGCCUGGCAGCUCAGUGUAUUGACAGGGAAGGAGCAUCGGUUCUGAUUCACGGAGCAGAAGGAACUGACUCCACCCUGCAGGCGGCCUCCCUGGCUCAGAUCAUUUUGGAACCACGGAGCCGGACUGUCCGAGGUUUCGAGGCCCUUAUAGAAAGAGAGUGGCUUCAGGCUGGUCACCCGUUCCAACAGCGCUGUGCACAGUCAGCUUAUUGCAAUAGCAAGCAGAAGUGGGAGGCGCCUGUAUUUCUUCUCUUCUUGGACUGUGUUUGGCAGAUACUCCGUCAGUUCCCUUGCUCUUUUGAGUUUAAUGAGCAUUUCCUCAUCAUGCUCUUUGAGCAUGCAUAUGCCUCACAGUUUGGAACAUUUCUGGGCAACAAUGAAAGUGAAAGAUGUAAAUUGAAGCUCCAGCAGAAAACGAUGUCUCUGUGGUCCUGGGUCAAUCGGCCCAGUGAGCUGAGUAAGUUUGCCAAUCCUCUCUUCGAAGCCAACAACCUGGUCAUCUGGCCUUCGGUUGCUCCACAGAGUCUCCAGCUGUGGGAAGGAAUUUUCCUACGUUGGAACCGAUCCUCCAAGUAUGUGGAUGAAGCAUAUGAGGAAAUGGUGAACAUCAUUGAGUACAACAGGGAAUUACAAGCAAAGGUCAACAUGCUGAGGAGGCAGUUGGCAGAACUGGAAACAGAGGAUGGACUGCGGGAGAGUCCCUGAAAGACCCCCACCAUCCUAAGGACCUUCAGGGCCGAGUCCUCCUCUUCCCCUCUCUUUCUGCAGUUCACUUGUACUUGAUAGCCUUCAAUUUAAGGCUUUGGACCCCUCUGAUGUCAUGCUCUCUCAGCACUGUAGAAACCACACCCACUAUGAUCACAUUGCUUUGGAAACAGGAAGGAGGUCCCAUUUUACAUGGGAUCAGUGACCUGUUUAAUGGCAUUUGUGUCACACAUCAUUUUACCAAAACUCUCCUCCUCGUCCUGUUUCCAAACAGUACUCCAGACCAGUUGAGGGUAUGAUGAAAUCUCUUUAGGGAAUAUUUGGUGAAUUAAUAAAAGAGUCAAGCUUUUUAGCACUCUUGGUAUAGAAAUGUUUUUUAAAACUGAAGUGGUUAAUAAACAAAAAAUUUUGUUUAA